AUGCGCCUUCUCCCUGUUCUGGCCUUCGCUGGUCUAACUGUAGCAGCUGCGACACCCGUGUCCACAGUUGCAACGACUACUAGUACGGUCUCGUCCGAAUCCGAGUGCGAUGAGUUAGCCCCUAAGGCUUAUUUAAAAUUACAGAUCUUUGCUAACUUCAAAGAAGCUUCCUCCACUGCUGUUACCGUUGCCGCAGAUGGCAGUGGUCAAUUCACCGCCAUUGGCGAUGCCAUCGCAUACGCUCAAAGUAACGGAAUUCCCACCGUCACGGUCUCUUCAGGCACCUACACCCAGACGGUCACCAUCUCGGCAACCCCCACUGUGACUGUCAUUGGUCAAAGCGGCAAUGAAGAUGAUUAUUCCAGCAAUGAAGUUACCAUAACCAAUGAUGUCACUGUCCUGACUAUCAACAAUAAUGUCAAACAAGUGAGCUUCAAGAAUAUCAACUUCUUGAAUACCGGAUCUGCCUACGGAGCAAUGAUCCUGAAGGGAAACCAAUACGCGUUCUAUGACUGUCAAAUAGUUUCAACUGGAUCUUUGGGAAUUACGGCUAGCGUGGGUCUCGGUGUGGUGGCCAAUUCUUAUAUCGAAGCCCUCGACAAGGUCAUCUAUGGUUCCGCCAGUGUCUACGUUUACAAGACCGACAUCGUGCCUGUUGAUAGUUCUGCCCUUAUUACCUACAUGAAGGGCACUACUUACACCUCCACAUCGGUUCUCUACAACUCCACUGUUGUCUUCGAUCACGUUACUGUCGCUCAGAAGUCGGGGGUAUCUAACAAAAAUGUGUACCUGGCUGCGGCGAAUGGGGCUGGUACUGUUGUCCUCUACCGCAACUCUGCCCUAGGAAGCCUCAUUGCUGCCAGCGGCGCGCAUGUUGACACUAGCUCCCAGGAUGGCUACAACCUUUUUGCAGAGUAUGCCAAUACUGGCUUGGGGGAUUAUGCCAACAACGCGGCUUCUCGAGCUACGUACAUGUCUGUUUUGGAUUCCUCAGAGGUAUCGGACUACAGCAUGUCUGCUGUUUUCGCCGCGGCUUACCCCUCUUACGCGUCCUCCGAUGUUAGCUGGGUCGACUCCUCGGUUCUUGAUGCCAUCGAGAGUGCAGAUGCCAUAGCAACAUCAACAUCCGUUUCUUCAAGUACAGCAGCUGCGACAACUUUGACUACCGCUGCUGCUACUACCUCGACUGCCCCGAGUGCCACCUCUUCGUCCACUAGCACAACUUCAUCUGCCGCUCUGGCCUCAUCCACCUAUGUAGUGGAUAAGAAUGUUGGGCCUUACAAGAACAUCACUGCUGCGAUCGCGGCUCUCCCUAGUGACAGCAACGAAUACACCAUCUACGUCAAGGCUGGUACAUACAACGAGCAAAUCUCUGUGACUCGUAAGGGGUUGACAAUCAUCCGUGGUGAAACUGACUUUGAGAAUGACUACACUCAGAACACUGUCACUGUUGAUUACUCUAAUGGUGUCUUGACAAGUGCUGGCGAGGAUGAGACUACCCCAGUCGUUAAUGCCAAGAACAGUGAUGGAAAGGGAUUAGCUCUUUACAACAUCAAUUUCCAGAAUACCUACCCUCAGACAUCCAACACUGCUGCUCUAGCUGCUGAUUUCUAUGGCAAUGUUCAAGCAUACGGAUGCUCCUUCAUUGGUUAUCAAGAUACUCUUCUGGCCAACAAGGGCACACAGGUAUUUUCCAACUGUUACGUGGAGGGUUCCGUUGACUACAUUUGGGGAUUCUCAACUGCAUACUUCUACCAGUCCGUCAUUGCUGCGAACACUGCCGGUGCUAGCAUUGCGGCAAUGAGUCGUUCUUCUGCAACUGCCACGGGCGGCUACGUAUUUGACAAUUGCCUUGUUACCUACACGUCCACAUAUGGUAGCACUUAUCAGGAUACUUGGCUCGGCAGGCCUUACUCCGAAUACAGUAUUGUCGUCUACAUGAACUCAUACCUGGAUAAGCACAUCAACCUAGCUGGCUGGCACAUCUGGUCGACUAGCUCUCCUCAAACCGACUAUGUCACCUUCGGAGAGUUCAACAAUACCGGACCUAGUAGCUGGUCUAGUAGCCGUGCCUCAUUUGCUACAAACCUGACUGCCACUGAGGCCGAGACCUAUACUCUCACUAACUGGAUUGGUGAUACCUCUUGGCUUGACAUGGCUGCCUAUGGUUACAUCCCAUCUUACAGCUUGACUGGAGAUUCUACCACAACGGCUCCAUCCACUACAUCCAACACCAAUUCCACAUCGACUUCAACCACUUCUUCUACUGCGACGGCCACUUGGGCUCACCCUACAAGCGGUACGUUUCCUCCUACGGGAGCCGUUUUAGUUGAUGUCUCUGGCACUGUUGAUGGAGCUUACAGAAACCUUACCGAUGCUCUGGAUUCUCUCCCAGAUGACAGCUCGACCCAGGUGAUUUUUAUGUAUGCUGGAACCUAUGACGAGCAGGUGCCCUCGAUUGACCGAGAUGGCCCAGUCAUGAUUAUUGGGUACACCACUGGAAACCCAGGCCAAAGCUAUGCCGAUAAUAAGGUCACAGUCACCUUCUCCCGAGGACUUUCUGUUUCCCCUCUCCCAACCGGCCACUCCGAUGCUGAGACUGCAACUGUCUCUACUGCCUCCACCCAGAUUGCUUUCUACAAUGUGAACAUUGUCAACUCUGAAAAUCUUGACGGCUCAGAAUCUUCAUAUGUCACGUUAGCCGCUUCUAUCUACGGUAACCAUAUUGCGUUCUAUGGCGUCUACCUCCAGGGUUGGCAGGACACUUUACUAACUGGAGCCACAACCGGAUAUCAAUACUACGAAUCGUCGUAUAUUGAGGGUGCCAUCGACUUUAUCUGGGGCUACUCGAAGGCCUAUUUCAAGGGAUGUACAAUUGGUGCGAAGAGGGCCAAGUCGGCAAUGACCGCACAGAGCAGGGCUUCGUCCAGUGCGAUCGGUGGAUACAUCUUUGAUCAAACAUUGUUUACUGCUGCUGCCGAUGCCACAGUAGACCUCACAGAGACUGUUUACCUUGGACGUCCUUAUUCCGAAUAUGCACUGGUUGUGAUCAAGAACUCUUAUAUGACCGAUGUGGUCAACCCAUCUGGAUGGAAGGUCUGGUCUACCACUGAUCCCCGUACGGAUUAUAUCACAUUUGCUGAAUUCAAUAACUCUGGACCUGGCAACUGGGAAAAUAACGAGGCCGCUCGUGAGGCUUUUGGCUAUGCCACUCUUCUCAGCGAGGAUACAUACUCUUUGGAGACUGUCAUGGACUCUACCGAUUGGAUCGAUAUGACAUAUUGGGACUCCAUUGACACGCCGACCAGUGUAUCUGGAGUCAGUGCCGUAUCCACUGCAACAGCGACAGCAACCGCUACAUCUAGUGCCACAGCCAGUGCCGCCUAUGAUGGAACAACUCCUCCCAAUGGUGCCUACAUUGUAUCCAAAACCAGUCUGGGAUCAAACACCACUACCUACGACACCAUCCAAAGUGCCCUUGACGCCAUUCCUACCUCAUCAAAGAUAACACCCACGAUCUUCAUUUACCCUGGAACAUACGAAGAACAGUUGGUUAUCAGCAAGUCUGGAUCUGUUGUUUUGGUCGGAUACUCGGACUCCACUUAUGAUUACAACAGCAACCAGGUCACUAUCCAGUACAACCACGGCAUCGAUACUCAGGCAGAUGAGUCUAACUCCGAUGGUGCAACUGUUUAUGCUACCGGCAACUACUUUGAAGCCAUCAACAUCAACUUCGUCAAUAACAAUGGCACAGCAAAAGAUAUCGCAACUCUUGGAUUUGCUGUAAAGUCAAGCAAGUAUGCUAGUCUCUACGGUUGUCAAGUUAAAGGUAAUCAAGAUGCCUUGCUUAUCAACGGAUACCUCUGGAUGUCAAAUGGUUAUGUUGAGGGCAAUAUCGACAUGAUCUGGGGCAGUGGUGCUGCUUAUUUUCUAAACACAACCAUCUCUCCUAACGAGGAUGAUAUCAACCUGACAGCAGACAAGCGCUCCACCAGCACAACCGCCGGAGGACUUGUUUUUGACCAAUGUACCAUUGUUCCUUCCACUGGUGCAGGAACUAUGUCAAAGAUCUCCCUCGGUAGACCAUGGAACUCUUAUGCCCGUGUUGCGUACAUUGACUCUUACCUUGACUCCUGUGUUGAGGCUGCUGGAUGGAACCAGUGGUCGUCCUCUAGUCCGAACACCGAUGGUGUUGCUUUCGCUGAGUAUGGCAACUAUGGCCCUGGCUCUAGUACAGCUAGCCGUGCUUCAUUCACGACCCAGCUCAAUGACACUGGAGUUGUUCAGUUUGAGCUGGCCAACUUCUUUGCCACUACUUCUUGGAUUGACUUCACCCACGUUGAUGGCACACCAUUUGUUCCUGACACCACCACGUCUACCGUUAUUUCUUCUGCUGCCAUUUCUACUGCUUCCUCUACCCUUACUUCAAGUACAGUUGUCACAGAUACUGUCACAGAUAUAGUUACUGUGAAGACUACGUCGACAUCCGACAUUCUGUCUACCGUCACACCAACUGAUAAGACCUCAACUGUCAAAUCCACCAUUACUGUGACAAUCACCCCCGAUGCUGUUACAAAGACUACAACUGAGAAGUCAACGAUCACUAGCAUGGACACAAUUACCGAGCCCACUACGACAACUACUAAGACCUCAGUGGUCACAGUUGAUGUCGGUACAACAAUCACCCCCGAUGCUAAGACCGUCACUAUGACAGACAAGUCCACAUCUACAGACACUGUAACUGUUACUGGCAAGGCGGCCACAAGCACUGUCAAGAGCACCAUUUCUGCGACAUCAACUGUCACCGUUAAGGUGUCUACUGUUACCAACACGGAGACAGCUACAACCACUAGUAUUAAUACCACCAGCGCCAAGGGGACCACGACAACGUCUACUACAACAGUGACCACUGGCACUGGUGGAACAAUUACUAUCAGCACCAAGGCCACGACCGAAACAGUUACCUCAUCAUCCACAAAGACAGCUACUAAGACUACAACGACAACUGUCAGCUGCGACGCCACGCUCAGAAAGUUCAAACGUGAUAUAUUGCCCCGGGAUGUCAUUGUCACUGUGACAGCCUAUACUACUGACGUCGAUGUUGUGCUCAAGACUACCACCACAAAGCUCCCCAGCGCGACAGACUAUGUCACCUCUGUCGCCACAAAGACAGCCUCCGUUAAGGCUUCAACUAUCACAGACACUAUCACAUCUGUCGCAACUAAGGUCUCGGCUACUACUAUCCCAGCCGUUACCUCCACUGUCACUAUUGUUGAUACUACAUCUGUUGGCAAGGCUACCACUCUGAAGGCAUCAACUGUCACAAGUACUGUCACCUCCGCAGUCGAGAAGGCCACAACUGUUACACUUCCGGGCUCCACAACAACUACUACUAGUCUAAAGACCACCACUGUGAAGAGCACUCUUUCACUUCCUGAGUCUACUGUGACCACCACCAAGACUACUACUGUCAAGAGUACCAGCACUAUCCCAGCCACUACCAGAACUGUUAUCAAGACCGUAACUGUGACUAAUAGUCCCUCUGUCACUAUUACCGAGCGUGCUACUUCUACCUCCACCAAGAUUAACAGCACAACGACAACUGUGACAGCGACUGCAACGAAGACCGCCAAGUGCUCUUAA